AUGAAGUCUUCAGCCAUUUACACGGUUGCGGAAACUCCAGUUUACGCUGAUGAAACCAAUCGACGCGAUGACGCAUUUAAUGCCAUUGAUAGUCCCAAGAAAACAGUAGAACCGACAAAACCUGCUGAUGGGCGUGUGGUCUCCAUGAGCGAACUCUUUUCGUAUGCCGAUCGUAUUGAUAAGAUCCUUAUGAUCCUUGGUACUAUCGGUGCAUUAGCUGCUGGAGUUUCUCAACCCAUCCAGAUUGUUCUCUUUGGUGAUGUGCUCAAUACAUUAAAUCCAGCAGAUCUUGGGGAGGAUAUCGAAGAUGGCAUUCGAAGUGUCGCUCUUAAUUUUGUCUUUGUCGGCAUUGCCGUCUUUGUAUCUGGUUCCUUUCAAGUAGCUUGUUGGACCAUCACUGCUUCACGUCAAGCUAAACGCAUACGUAGUGAGUAUGUCAGUGCGAUCUUGACAAAAGAAAUUGGGUGGUUUGAUAUAAAUGAACCCAUGCAAUUGGGCUCUCGUGUGGCUGAAGCCACUGUGACUAUACAAGAAGGCAUGGGUCGCAAAGUUGGCGAUGGAUUGAAUUUUUUCUCAAUGGCGGUGUCAGGUAUUGUCAUUGGCCUUGUCAAGGGAUGGCAAUUAGCUUUGAUCUUAUUGGCAUUUACACCAUUUAUUGCAUUUACGGCAUUUUUGGCCAUGAAAGUAUUAUCAUCUGCUACUCAAGCAGGUCUCGAGUCGUAUGGAAAAGCAGGUGCAGUAGCACAAGAAGCACUAAGCAAUGUGCGUACCGUACACAUGUUUAAUUCGAUACAACACUUUAUUUCAAAGUAUGAACAUGCACUUGAGCAAUCAACAAAAGCGGGGGGCAUGUACUUUGGUGCAUUGAUGGUGGCCAAUGAUAAUCUAGAUGGCAAUAAUUGUACUGGCAACGGAUGUUAUGAUGGCGGUCGAGUACUUACAGUCUUCUUUUCUAUUAUCAUGGGAGCUAUGGCACUCGGACAAGCGGCUCCAAGUGUUGAGGCAAUCACGUCGGCUCGAGCAGCAGCAUUUCCAGUCUUUCAGACGAUUAAACGUCCGUCAUUAAUUGACCCACUAGGAGAUGAAGGCAAAAAGCUGGAUAAGGUUAUGGGUCGUAUUCAGAUUGAUAAUGUUUCAUUUUCGUAUCCGUCUCGACCGGAUGUGGUGGUUUGCAGAAACUACUCUUUGACAAUUGAACCUGGUGAGACGGUAGCACUUGUUGGUCCGAGUGGCAGUGGCAAAAGUACUAUGGUGUCGCUACUUGAACGCUUUUACGACCCGCUUAGUGGCUCUGUAAGUAUUGACGGUGUGGAUGUCCGCACAUUAAAUGUUAAGUGGCUUCGCUCUCAAGUCGGACUUGUGGGUCAAGAGCCCUCACUCUUUGCCACCUCUAUCAUGGAAAACAUCCGAUACGGCUGCCCAUCAGCAUCUGACGACGAGGUAGUUGAAGCUGCCAAGAUGGCUAACGCAUACAAUUUUAUCAUGGAAUUUCCACAAAAAUUUCAAACUGAAGUGGGGGAACGUGGAGCUCAGCUUUCUGGUGGACAAAAGCAGCGAAUUGCUAUCGCACGUGCAAUUAUCAAGAAUCCACCAAUUUUACUUUUGGAUGAAGCUACCAGUGCAUUGGAUACGGAGAGUGAGCGAGUGGUUCAAGAAUCUCUGGAUCAGCUGUUGGCCAACUCUCAUCGUACGACCAUUGUUGUUGCUCACCGACUAUCUACAAUUCGAAAUGCUAGUCGAAUAGCAGUUCACAGCGGUGGUGCAAUUGUGGAAAUCGGUCCGCAUGAUGAAUUGAUGAAGUUGGACAAUGGCCAUUACCGUCUCUUGGUUGAAGCUCAGAGUCGCGUGGCAUCACAAGAGACAGAAAAAGCUGCAAUUGAAGAGAUGACCAUGGAUGACAUUGAGUCAGUUGACGAUGACGUGGUACGCUCUAGACGCGUUUCGCGGCAAUCGAUCAGCCGACAUAGCAUACUAGAGAAGGAUAUUGUUCAGAAACCAGACGAUGAUCAACCAGGAGAUGUCGAUCUCCCUCCAUUUUCGAUGGCUCGCGUUUGGAAAAUGUCGUUACCCGAGUGGAAAUAUUUAUUUGUGGGCUCUCUUGGUGCUAUUGUUAAUGCUGCAGUGUUUCCAGUGUGGGGUGUCCUGCUUGUCAAAGUGACUGUGCUGUUUUUUCAGCUCGAUUAUACGAAAAGCCAAAUGUUGACGGAUGCUCGCUGGUGGGCAAUUGGAUUUUUAGGACUUGGUAUCAUGUUUGCGCUAUCAAUCACACUGCAACAUUAUGGCUUUGCUGUCGUCUCGCAAAAUCUCGUUACUCGUGUGCGUUUGUCGACGUUCAGUGCAAUGCUGCAUCAAGAGAUUGGAUGGUUUGAUCUGGACGAAAAUUCGUCAGGUGCAUUGGUCUCUCGGUUGGCUACCGACUCAGCAGUGCUGCAAGCAAUGACGUCGGAAACACUUAAUCGAGGACUUAUCAAUCUCACAACAAUCACGAUUGCGUUUGCCAUUGCCUUUUUUUAUAGCUGGCAAAUGACACUUGUUCUGAUAGCGGCUUUUCCAGUAUUGGCAGCGUCUUCGUACGUUCAAGCUCAGCAAAUGGCCGGUACGUCGGGCAACAAGAAAAAUAAUGAUGCGGAUACAGCUGCUGGAUCUUUGCUUGCUGAAGCGAUUGGUUCGAUUCGUACGGUUGCUUCUUUCAGUAUGGAGGUCGCGUUAAAUACAUUAUACGUAGGGUACUUGAGCGCCUCGAAAGCGGCUGAUGUCAAGAUUGGCAUUGUUGGGGGCUUAGCAUUUGGAGUCUCUCAAGGAGCCACGUUCGAGGUCUUGGCCGUUCUCUUCUAUGUGAGUGGCCGCUGGAUUUCGCGUGGCAUCAUCACUUUUGAAGAGUUUUUCAUGGUGCUGAUGGUUAUCAUGCUCAGUACGUUUGCAAUUGGAAUGGCUGCACAGGGAGCGACAGAUGGAGCCAAAGCCAAGCGUUCAGCUCAGCGUGUAUUCAAAGUUAUUGAUCGGAAGCCUCUAAUUGAUUCUACAUCGGGCACUGGACGCACAUUGGACCUAGUCAACGGUGACAUUGAGUUUCGCAAUUUGGUGUUCACGUAUCCAGCGCGUCCGGAUGCUAUGAUUUACAAGAAUUAUUGUUUAAAAAUUGCGCGUGGUCAAACUGUCGCACUCGUGGGUGCCAGUGGAAGUGGCAAAAGUACAGCGAUUUCGCUUAUGGAGCGAUUCUAUGACCCAGCUGCCGGUGUCGUGACUUUAGAUGGAAUUGAUUUAAAAGAAUUGAAUUUACAGUGGCUGCGGGAGAAUGUGUCGCUUGUUAGUCAGGAGCCAGUACUGUUCGCGGGUACUAUUGCUGAGAAUAUCAAACUUGGCAAACCUGGAUCCACGCGCGAAGAGAUCAUUGAAGCUGCUAGAAAAGCGAAUGCAUUUGAGUUCAUCUGCAACUUUCCAAAUGGUUUUGAUACGGAUGUUGGUGACCGUGGUGCACAAGUUUCUGGUGGCCAGAAACAGCGAAUUGCCAUUGCUCGUGCCAUCUUACGUGAUCCAGCAGUGUUACUAUUGGAUGAAGCGACUAGUGCUUUGGAUAAUGAAAGCGAGCGAGUAGUACAGGCGUCACUUGAUCGACUGCUCGCUAUUAAGCAACGGACGACAAUUAUUGUGGCUCAUCGCCUCACUACCAUUAGAAAUGCAAAUCUUAUAGCGGUGACAAGCAAUGGUGCUAUUGUUGAACAAGGAACUCAUGAAGAGUUGAUGCAGAUAAAUAAUGGCAUCUACAAGGGUCUAGUUGCGCGUCAGAUGAACACACACUAG